AUGAAAUUAUCUAACAUUAAGAUAAAAUAUAUUUUUCAACUCGAUAAGUUUCUCCAAAAACAUAGGUUGGGUGAAACUUAAUUGAAAUCUAUAGUGAAUAGUACAUCUUAAAAAAUGUUAAAAACUACAUAGAAAGAUUUUCAAGAGACCAACUAAAUAAAAGAUGGAGAUAUAUAUGAGAAGAUAUCUCCAAAAGUAAUAUUUAAAGAUGAUAAAAUCAAUGUUUAUUUUGUUAAGGAAAUCAAAAAAUUCACUCAACAAAAUGAAACAAGAACAUAGACCCAAGAAUAAGGUGUGAGAAAGUAAACAAUACAAGAAGUAACUAACUCAAGAGUUUCAAUCAAAGGACCAAUAGGAGGAGAAUAAAACUAAAUAUAACCAGAAUUUCUUAGGGUAUUUUGA